GAGAGUACCACUGCGCACUUCUUCCUUGGAGCUGGAGAUGAGGGGCUGGGCACCCGUGGAAUAGGCAUGAAGCCAGAAGAAAGUGACAGCGAGCUCCUUGAGGAUGAGGAGGAUGAAGUGCCUCCUGAACCUCAGAUCAUUGUUGGCAUCUGUGCCAUGACCAAGAAAUCCAAGUCCAAGCCAAUGACUCAAAUCCUAGAGCGACUCUGCAGAUUUGACUACCUGACUGUUAUCAUUCUGGGAGAAGAUGUAAUCCUUAAUGAACCUGUGGAAAACUGGCCAUCCUGCCACUGUCUCAUCUCUUUCCACUCCAAAGGCUUCCCUCUGGACAAAGCUGUUGCUUACUCCAAGCUUCGAAACCCCUUUCUUAUCAAUGAUCUGACCAUGCAGUAUUACAUCCAAGAUAGGAGGGAGGUGUACCGGAUCCUGCAGGAAGAGGGUAUUGAUCUGCCUCGAUAUGCUGUGCUCAACCGUGAUCCUGCCCGGCCUGACGAAUGCAACCUGAUAGAAGGUGAAGACCAAGUAGAGGUCAAUGGAGCUGUCUUUCCCAAGCCCUUUGUGGAGAAGCCAGUGAGUGCAGAAGACCACAAUGUUUACAUCUACUACCCCAGCUCAGCUGGAGGAGGAAGCCAGCGUCUCUUUCGUAAGAUUGGCAGCCGAAGCAGCGUUUACUCUCCUGAGAGCAGCGUCCGAAAGACGGGGUCAUACAUCUAUGAGGAAUUUAUGCCAACAGAUGGCACAGAUGUCAAGGUGUAUACAGUGGGGCCAGAUUAUGCCCAUGCUGAAGCUAGAAAGUCUCCAGCUUUGGAUGGGAAGGUUGAACGAGACAGUGAGGGGAAAGAGAUUCGAUAUCCAGUCAUGCUGACUGCCAUGGAAAAGCUGGUGGCCAGGAAAGUCUGCGUAGCUUUCAAGCAAACAGUUUGUGGGUUUGACCUUCUUCGUGCCAAUGGUCAUUCCUUUGUGUGUGAUGUCAAUGGUUUUAGUUUUGUCAAGAACUCGAUGAAAUACUAUGAUGACUGUGCCAAGAUUCUGGGGAAUACCAUAAUGCGGGAGCUUGCCCCACAGUUCCAGAUUCCAUGGUCCAUCCCCACAGAGGCUGAGGACAUUCCCAUUGUUCCUACCACAUCUGGCACUAUGAUGGAACUUCGUUGUGUCAUUGCAAUUAUUCGUCAUGGGGAUCGUACUCCCAAGCAGAAGAUGAAGAUGGAAGUGAAACACCCAAGGUUUUUUGGUCUGUUUGAAAAACAUGGUGGCUACAAGACAGGGAAAUUAAAACUCAAGCGACCUGAGCAGCUCCAGGAGGUGCUGGAUAUCACAAGGCUGUUGUUGGCUGAACUGGAGAAAGAACCAGGUGGUGAGAUCGAGGAGAAGACUGGAAAACUAGAGCAGCUGAAGUCUGUAUUGGAGAUGUAUGGUCACUUCUCAGGUAUAAACCGGAAGGUACAAUUGACUUACUACCCUCAUGGAGUAAAGGCUUCUAAUGAGGGGCAAGAUCCACAGAGGGAGGCUCUGGCCCCAUCUCUGUUGCUAGUACUGAAGUGGGGUGGAGAACUCACUCCUGCUGGCCGUGUUCAGGCUGAGGAGCUGGGGCGAGCUUUUCGCUGCAUGUACCCUGGAGGACAGGGUGACUAUGCUGGCUUCCCUGGUUGUGGGCUGCUUCGUCUCCAUAGCACUUUCCGCCACGAUCUCAAGAUCUAUGCCUCUGAUGAGGGUCGUGUUCAGAUGACUGCUGCUGCCUUCGCCAAGGGCCUUCUGGCUCUAGAAGGGGAGCUGACACCCAUUUUGGUGCAAAUGGUGAAGAGUGCCAACAUGAAUGGGCUACUGGACAGCGAUGGGGAUUCCUUGAGCAGCUGCCAGCACCGGGUGAAGGCUCGGCUGCACCAUAUUUUACAGCAGGAUGCGCCCUUUGGCCCUGAGGACUACGACCAGCUGGCUCCCACCAGAAGUAUUUCCCUGCUCAACUCCAUGGCUAUCAUCCAGAAUCCUGUGAAGGUCUGUGAUCAGGUAUUUGCCCUGAUCGAAAACCUCACCCACCAGAUCCGGGAACGAAUGCAGGACCCCAGGUCUGUAGACCUGCAGCUCUACCACAGUGAGACACUAGAGCUAAUGCUACAGCGUUGGAGCAAGCUGGAGCGUGACUUUCGACAGAAGAGUGGGCGCUAUGAUAUCAGUAAGAUCCCUGACAUCUAUGACUGUGUCAAGUAUGAUGUGCAGCACAAUGGGAGUCUGGGACUUGAAGGCACAGCAGAGUUGCUCCGUCUCUCUAAGGCAUUGGCUGAUGUGGUCAUUCCCCAGGAGUACGGGAUCAGCCGGGAGGAGAAACUGGAAAUUGCUGUGGGCUUCUGUCUUCCACUGUUGCGGAAGAUACUGCUUGACCUGCAGAGAACCCAUGAGGAUGAGUCUGUCAACAAGCUGCAUCCCCUGUACUCCCGAGGCGUGCUCUCCCCAGGUCGCCACGUUCGAACGCGUCUCUAUUUCACCAGUGAGAGCCACGUCCACUCCCUACUCAGUGUCUUCCGUUAUGGAGGUCUUCUGGAUGAGACCCAGGAUGCACAAUGGCAGCGAGCUUUGGAUUAUCUUAGUGCCAUCUCAGAGCUUAACUACAUGACCCAGAUUGUCAUCAUGCUUUAUGAGGACAACACACAGGAUCCCUUAUCAGAGGAACGGUUCCAUGUAGAGCUACACUUCAGCCCUGGAGUGAAAGGUGGUGAGGAAGAAGGCAGUGCCCCAACUGGCUGUGGAUUCCGUCCAGCCUCUUCUGAGAAUGAGGAGAUGAAAACCAACCAAGGCAGUAUGGAGAACCUGUGUCCAGGAAAGGCAUCAGAUGAGCCAGACCGGGCAUUGCAGACUUCACCCCAGCCUCCUGAGGGCCCUGGCCUCCCAAGGAGAUCACCCCUCAUUCGUAACCGAAAAGCUGGUUCCAUGGAGGUCAUGAACAUGCAGUGCACGGGGAACCUGGACCUCAUCCCCUUGCGGGGACGGUGCCGCAGGAGGUCGGGAGACCUCCCCCGGCCUUCCCCAGCCAUCGGCCUACAGCCCCGGGCUGUGUCCACCACUCACCUGGCAUCCUGCACACAGGUACUUUCUGAGACUUCAUCCUCAAGGCCUGGUGGCUACCGGCUCUUUUCAUCUUCACGGCCACCCACAGAAAUGAAGCAGAGUGGCUUAGGCUCACAGUGCACAGGGCUGUUCAGCACCACAGUGCUGGGUGGCUCCUCCAGCGCCCCGAAUCUUCAGGACUACGCCCGCAGCCAUGGCAAAAAGCUACCACCUGCCAGUCUGAAGCACCGAGAUGAGCUCUUGUUUGUCCCGGCCGUAAAACGAUUUUCUGUGUCGUUUGCAAAGCAUCCGACUAACGGAUUUGAAGGGUGUUCCAUGGUGCCUACCAUCUACCCUCUGGAAACACUGCAUAAUGCCCUUUCCCUACGUCAAGUGAGUGAAUUCUUGAGUAGAGUCUGCCAGCGCCACACUGAUGCCCAGACACAGGCAUCUGCAGCCCUCUUUGAUUCCAUGCACAGCAGCCAGGCCUCAGAUAACCCAUUUUCUCCACCACGUACUCUUCAUUCACCUCCUCUGCAACUCCAGCAGCGCUCUGAGAAGCCCCCUUGGUACAGCAGUGGCCCUUCUAGCACUGUGUCCAGUGCUGGUCCUUCUUCCCCUACUACAGUAGACGGUAACUCCCAAUUUGGCUUCAGUGAUCAACCCUCCCUAAAUUCACACGUGACUGAAGAACAUCAAUGCCUUGGUCUGCUCCAGGAGACCCCUGGGAAUGGAGCACAAGAGCUCUCCAUAGAAGGGAAACAAGAGCUUUUUGAACCAAAUCAGUCCCCACAGGUGCCACCUGUGGAAACCAGCCAGCCAUACGAGGAGGUGGCUGAGGAGGUCAGCCAGCCAUGUCAGGAGGUCCCUGACAUCAGCCAGCAAUGCCAGGAGAACCAUGACAAUGGUAACCACACAUGCCAGGAGGUCCCUCAGAUCAGCCAGCCAUGCCAGAAGGCCAGCCAACUGUGCCAGAAAGUCUCUGAGGAAGUUUGCCAGCUAUGUCUGGAGAGCCCCGAGGAGGUCAGCCAGCCAUGCCAGGGGGUCUCUGUGGAGGCUGGCAAGCUGGUCCAUAGGUUCCAUGUAGGGGUUGGUGGCUUGGUCCAGGAAACCCCUGUAGAAGUUGGCAGCCCAGCUGAAGAGUUCCCUGAGGAGGUCAGCCAGCCAUACCAGGAGUGGAGGUUGUUCUCUGUGGAGGUUGGCAGGCUGGCCCAGGAGCCUUCUGCGAUCAGUCUGUUAUCUCAGGGCAUCCCUGAGAUUGAUAAACCAUCUCAAGAGUUCCCUGAGGAGAUUGAUCUGCAGGCCCAGGAGGUCCCUGAGGAGAUAAAUUAGAAGUCCUGGGUGGUCCCUGAGGUGAUCCAUCAGCUGCCUGGAGAGGGUAUUCCUCAAGCCCAGCAUCUAUCUGGUGAUCCAAACCCUCAGAGUCAGUCUCUAGCCCAUGACCAGCACUCACCCCUUCCACCAGCAACAUGUGAUUAAUUUUCUUAUUAGUGGUGUCACACUAUACCAGCCAUUUGAGCCAGCAACCUUUUCUGUUGACUAACUCAAUGGCCAGCUCUCACCAGCGGUGUCUGGGGAAGUAGUUCUCUUGGUGUGAAGCAUACCUGUGCCAGAGCUGUGCUUAAGGAGGAGCCAGUUUUAGGUUCAAAGAAGCCAUUGGCUCUUCACCUAACCAUUAGACUUGAAUAGGAUUUCCUUGGGGUGGGUUGAUCUGUCAUUACCCAGCCUCCUCUGAGCAUCCUAGGAAAUCAUAGAUUGUUAAAGGAAAUGCUGCUUCACUGCUGAAGACACCAUCUGGGGACAGCAAAUGCAAAAGAGGGGACUCUAGGGUCUUCACUUUUCUGGGGAAAUAUUCACGACUUCUCAAGGUAUGCUUAGACCAUAUGUGCAUUCGGGGGGCUCUUGUCUUUGCCAGCACUCCUCAGAUGAGCCCGGGAUGGCUAUCUGAAAUGUCUGGAAAAUAAAGUCCCCUCCCCAAACAUCUGUCAUGGCCACUAAAUCUUUAGACUUGCCUUAUAGAUCUUUCCAUAUCAUCCCCAAGUGCCCCUUCUGUCUCAGUCCUGUUCCUCUGGGCAAUAGCUCUAGGGAAAAGUAGGUAUUAGACUGCUGUACAAAAUUCAAAGCAACUACUUAAGAUGCUCUAGAGGAUUCUUAGCCAGUCUGUGAAACUGGGCCUCCCUCUGUGGUGGGCUGUUUGGCUUAGGAGAUGCUGUAGUAGUAGAGAUAAUCAGGUUCUAUUUUAAGCAAUGAGCAGAGAUCAGUAUUGUACAGAUACAAGCAAAGGUUUAAUAAAUACAUAUAAAUAUAUAUAUACACAUAUAGAUGUGUGUGUGUGUGUGUGUGUGUGUGUAUAUAUAUAUAUUUCUGUAGUUGUGCCAGGGACAGACUGGCCAAAGACCAAACACUCCAGGGUCCCCAAGAAAUUUGUCCUUAUAUCAUUGUAUCGAGGGCCAGAUAUGAUUAUGAAGCUUUUUCCAAAGAUCCAGGGAUGGGAAUGGGAGUGGGUAGGAGGGGUAAUACGGUCACUGGAGUCAGGGGCCGGAACAUUAUGAGUGCUCAAUAAAUAUGAAAUAA